UCAGCGAAGCGAGAGCUGGGGAGGCUCGGCGGCCGCCAUUACUGAGACGAGAGCGCCGGGGAGCGAGCGGAGAGGUGGGACUGGGGCUGCGGCGGCCGGGAGCGCUCGGGAGCUGCGGGCCGGAGAGCGGAGAGAGCCCCGCGGGGAGGAAAAGCCGCUGGGGGUGCCGGCGCGGAGAGAGCGUCCCGGGAAUGCUGCCGCUCCAGCCGCCGCCGAGGAGUCGGAUCCCGACGGCGCGAGGUCCCUCAGGGAAGGACUUGCUGAAGGACACUGUUUAAAUGUGUGACAUUACUGCAGGAAGAUCACAGCAGGAUAAUCAUCUUGCUUUGCACCUUGCUUUCCGAAGGGAAGAUGAUCCUCAUCAACCUGGCUAUCUGAGGUUCUCUCAAUGACAAGCUGAAGCAGGAACAACUGGAAACUAUUUCUGGAACCUUGGAUAUACAACUUAAAUUUGUAGGAGCCUUUCCAGAAUGAAAACCACGUACAGUUACCUUGAUAAUUGCAAAAGGAUGAGAGGAAAGUUAUGAUGGCAAAAAACAAAGAACCACGCCCCCCAUCUUAUGCUGUUAGUGUUGUUGGACUAUCUGGAACUGAAAAGGAUAAAGGUAAUUGUGGAGUUGGAAAGUCAUGUUUGUGCAAUAGAUUCGUUCGUUCAAAAGCAGAUGAAUAUUACCUUGAGCAUACCUCUGUGCUUAGCACAAUUGACUUUGGAGGAAGAGUUGUUAACAAUGAUCACUUUUUGUACUGGGGUGACGUAACACAAAGCGGUGAGGAUGGAAUUGAGUGCAGAAUUCAUGUAAUUGAACAGACUGAGUUCAUUGAUGAUCAGACUUUCUUGCCUCAUCGGAGUACGAAUUUACAACCAUAUAUAAAACGUGCAGCUGCCUCCAAACUGCAGUCAGCAGAAAAACUAAUGUACAUUUGCACAGAUCAGCUAGGCUUGGAGCAAGACUUUGAGCAAAAACAAAUGCCUGAAGGGAAAUUAAGCAUAGAUGGGUUUUUAUUGUGCAUUGACGUAAGCCAAGGCUGCAAUAGGAAGUUUGAUGAUCAACUUAAAUUUGUGAAUAAUCUCUACAUCCAGCUCUCAAAAUCCAAAAAACCCAUAAUAAUAGCAGCAACAAAAUGUGAUGAAUGUGUGGAUCAUUAUCUGCGAGAGGUUCAGGCCUUUGCUUCAAAUAAGAAGAACCUUGUGGUAGUGGAAACAUCGGCAAGAUUCAAUGUCAAUGUUGAAACAUGUUUUACUGCACUGGUACAAAUGAUGGAUAAAACUCGUGGUAAACCUAAAAUAAUCCCCUAUCUGGAUGCCUAUAAAACUCAAAGGCAGCUAGUUUUUACAGCAACAGACAAGUUUGAAAAACUUGUCCAAACUGUGAGAGACUAUCAUGCAACUUGGAAAACUGUUAGUAAUAAACUGAAAAACCACCCUGAUUAUGAAGAGUACAUAAACUUGGAAGGAACAAAAAAGGCCAAAAACACAUUUUCAAAACACAUAGAGCAGCUUAAACAGGAACAUAUUAGAAAAAGAAAAGAAGAAUACAUUAAUGCAUUGCCAAGAGCGCUUAAUACUCUUCUGUCAAAUCUUGAUGAGAUUGAACGCUUGAGCUGGUCAGAAGCCUUGAAGGUAAUGGAGAAAAGGCCUGACUUCCAGUCCUGUUUUGUAGUGCUUGAAAAAACACCCUGGGAUGAAACUGACCACAUAGAUAAAGUGAAUGACAGAAGGAUUCCAUUUGACCUUCUCACUACGCCAGAGGCAGAGAAAGUUUACAAAAACCAUGUGCAGCAUCUUAUAUCUGAAAAAAGGAGGGUUGAAAUGAAGGAGAAAUUCAAAAAAACUCUUGAGAAAAUCCAGUUCAUUUCACCUGGACAGCCAUGGGAAGAAGUUAUAUGUUUUGUGGUAGAGGAUGAAGCAUUCAAAUACAUCACUGAUGCAGAUAGUAAAGAAGUGUAUGGUAGGCACCAGAGGGAGAUUGUUGAAAAAGCCAAAGAGGAGUUUCAGGAAAUGCUUUUUGAACAUUCAGAGCUGUUUUAUGACCUGGAUCUUAAUGCAACACCAAGUUCAGAUAAAAUGAGUGAAAUUCAUGCAGUUCUGAGUGAAGAACCUAGAUACAAAGCUUUACAGAAACUUGCACCUGACAGAGAAUCUCUUCUGCUUAAACACAUAGGAUUUGUUUAUCACCCAACUAAAGAAACUUGUCUCAGUGGCCAAAAUUGCACAGACAUUAAAGUAGAGCAGUUACUUGCCAACAGUCUUGUGCAACUAGACCAUGGUCGCUCAAAUUUAUAUCAUGAUAGUGCCAACAUUGACAAAGUCAAUCUCUUCAUUUUGGGCAAGGAUGGCCUUGCUCAAGAACUGGCAAAUGAAAUUCGCACACAAUCCACUGAUGAUGAAUAUGCAUUAGAUGGAAAAAUAUAUGAACUAGAUCUCAGGCCUGUUGAUGCAAAAUCCCCAUACCUGUUGACUCAGUUGUGGACCUCAGCCUUCAAACCACAUGGUUAUUUCUGUGUGUUUAACUCUAUUGAAUCACUGAAUUUUAUUGGGGAGUGCAUUGCAAAAAUAAGGGCUGAAGCAUCUCAGAUAAGGAGAGACAAGUAUAUGGCUAAUCUUCCAUUUACGUUAAUACUGGCUAACCAGAGGGACAGUGUUAGCAAGAAUCUACCUAUUCUGAGACAUCAAGGACAGCAGUUGGCCAACAAAUUACAAUGUCCUUUUGUAGAUGUGCCUGCUGGUACGUAUCCACGCAAAUUCAAUGAGGCCCAAAUAAAACAAGCUCUAAGGGGAGUACUGGAAGCAGUUAAACACAAUUUUGAUGUUGUAAGUCCAGUUCCUACCAUUAAAGAUCUGUCAGAAGCAGACUUAAGAAUAGUCAUGUGUGCCAUGUGUGGUGAUCCGUUUAGUGUGGAUCUUAUUCUGUCACCCUUCCUUGACUCUCAUUCCUGUAGUGCUGCUCAGGCUGGCCAGAAUAAUUCUUUGAUGCUUGAUAAAAUAAUAGGUGAAAAGAGGCGUCGAAUACAGAUAACUAUAUUAUCAUAUCAUUCUUCAAUUGGUGUAAGGAAAGAUGAACUUGUUCAUGGAUAUAUACUGGUCUAUUCUGCGAAGCGGAAGGCAUCCAUGGGAAUGCUUCGGGCAUUUCUUUCUGAAGUUCAGGAUACGAUUCCUGUCCAGUUAGUGGCUGUUACUGAUAGCCAGGCAGACUUCUUUGAAAAUGAAGCAAUCAAAGAACUCAUGACAGAAGGGGAACAUAUAGCAACAGAGAUUACUGCUAAGUUUACAGCUUUAUAUUCAUUAUCUCAGUAUCAUCGCCAGACUGAGGUUUUCACAUUGUUCUUCAGUGACGUAUUAGAGAAGAAAAAUAUGAUUGAAAGUUCUUAUAUGUCGGACAGCACAAGGGAAACAACCCAUACAAGUGAAGAAGUUUUUCCCAGAUCUCCCAGAGGAAGUUCUCUUGACUAUAAUUAUCCAGAUUCAGAGGAUGAUGCUGAAGGACCACCACCUUACAGUCCAAUUGGUGAUGAUGUGAGGUUACUCCCAGCACCUAGUGACCGUUCAAAGUACCGAUUGGAUUUGGAAGGAAAUGAAUAUCCUGUUCACAGUACACCGCUCAAUUGUCAUGACCAUGAACGCAACCAUAAAGUGCCUCCUCCAAUAAAACCGAAACCACUUGUUCCAAGAACAAAUGUGAAAAAACUGGAUCCUAAUCUCCUGAAAACAAUUGAGGCAGGUAUUGGCAAAAACCCUAGGAAACAACCUUCUCGAGUGCCUGCGGCGCCAGCAGAAGAUAUAGACCAAUCUGACAACUAUGCUGAACCUAUUGACACUAUUUUCAAACAUAAAGGCUUUGCAGAUGAUAUCUAUGCAGUUCCAGAUGAUAGUCAGAAUCGUAUUAUUAAGGUUCGAAACUCAAUUGUUAUAAAUACCCAAGGUGAGGAAGAAAAUGGGUUUUCUGAUAGAAUAUCCAAAAGUCAUGGGGAAAGAAGGCCUUCAAAAUACAAAUACAAGUCUAAAACUCUGUUCAGCAAAGCUAAGUCUUACUAUAGGAGAACACAUUCAGAUGCAAGUGAUGAUGAGGCUUUCACCACCUCAAAAACUAAAAGAAAAGGAAGACAUCGUGGAAGUGAAGAAGACCCACUUCUUUCACCUGUUGAAACGUGGAAGGGUGGCAUAGAUAACCCUGCUAUUACGUCUGAUCAAGAACUGGAUGAGAAAAAAAUGAAAAAGAAAACCCACAAAGUAAAAGAAGAUAAGAAGCCGAAAAAGAAAACUAAGACAUUCAAUCCUCCAAUUCGUAGAAACUGGGAGAGUAAUUACUUUGGGAUGCCCCUACAGGAUCUAGUUACACCUGAGAAACCGAUACCUCUGUUUGUUGAAAAAUGCGUGCAAUUCAUUGAAGAUACAGGAUUAUGUACUGAAGGCCUAUACCGUGUUAGUGGGAAUAAAACAGAUCAAGACAAUAUUCAGAAACAGUUUGAUCAAGAUCAUAAUAUCAGCCUGGAGUCUAUGGGAGUAACAGUAAAUGCAGUGGCUGGGGCUCUUAAAGCUUUUUUUGCUGAUCUGCCAGAUCCGUUAAUUCCGUACUCUUUGCAUCAAGAGUUGCUAGAAACAUCAAAAAUCAUCGAUAAGACAGAACGACUACAUGAGUUAAAAGAAAUUGUGAAGAAAUUCCACCCAGUGAACUAUGAUGUCUUCAAAUACGUAAUAACGCAUCUAAACAGGGUUAGUCAACAAUAUAAAACCAACUUUAUGACUGCUGAUAACUUAUCAAUUUGUUUCUGGCCUACUUUGAUGAGACCUGAUUUUGAAAACAGAGAGUUUCUUUCUACCACCAAAAUCCAUCAGUCGGUUAUAGAGACCUUCAUUCAACAGUGUCAGUUUUUCUUUUACAACGGAGAGAUUGUAGAAGCACCUAACCCAGUGGCAUGUCAGCCACCUCCUUCCAACGCAGUGCAGAUGGUAGAGCCAAUGGUACCUCUUCAGUUACCACCACCGCUGCAGCCUCAGCUGAUACAGUCACAAUUACCAGCAGACCCUCUUGGUAUUAUAUAAACAGAAGAUGAUUGCAGGCAGCCUGGCACUGGACAGUAAGGACAAGCUAUAGACAUGCAUGUUUCAGGAUACAGUAAUAUACUUCAUAUUUAUGACAAAUAAUUCCCAUCCAGCUGAUUGGACAUCUUUUUGUUAUAUCCUGUACUGUGUUCCUCAUUUGUACACACUGCAGAUAAAAACUGUGUGAUAAGCAUGACUGGAGAGGUUUAAUUUUUAAAAGCAAAAAUAGCUAUAAAGUACAAAGCUGCUGCUGCAUGAUACCUUAUUGCAAUCACUAUAUCAUUCCUGUGACAGUUUGUCACAAUAUAUUGUGAAUAAAAUUUUUCUAUAGAAAUUUAAUGAUUUAAAAAAUUACAUUUAUGAAACAUUCAAUGCUUACAGCCUGCUUUAUGGCUGUUUUUGUUAUUUAACAUGCUAUUUUUGGCAAUUUUAUUCACAUACGAGCAUUCUGUGUAAACAACUAAAGCCCAGCUAUAGUUUAUUUUGUAAUCUCCUGGCUACUUAUGUGAUGGUAUGCUUAGGACAGUUUAUGGAAGAAUGCAAAAUGCACUGUUGAGAAUUUUACAGUCCCUCACCAUCCAUCUUUACUUGUAAGUAAACCUGUGGACAGUUUAAGGGUGGGUGAACUUGCUUAUUAUUUCUUACAGCACAAUACCAAGGACAUGCUUGUUGUAAAAGUGAGUUUCAAAUAUUGUACAAAAAUUUUGAUGUUGCUUACUUAUUUCUUUCUGUUUCAUUACUGAACUAAACAUUUUGUAAAACUGUUAAUUCUGUAAACAGCUGCAUGUUUAAAAGAUCAUUGAUGGUCUUGUAAACUUAAUCUAAUAUAUUUUAGAUAUUUUAAUUUUUCCCACUUGGGAAUACAUGUAGUGUUUAGAAAAUAGUUCAUGACAUUUUCAUAUAAGGUUAUAUAACUUUUCAUACAUAAACAUGGAUUUUGUUGUAGUAAAAUUCUCUAAACCAAACAAUGUUUUAAUCUAGGACUUCAAUUAAUCUAUUCUUUAAAUCUAUUUUUAUGUGACCCUUUAAAGAUAUACAAAAAUGCAUUGCUAAUACAUAGCAAUAAAUACUUUGGGUACUGACAAUUAACCUCUUUGGAGUGUGUAUAUAUAAAAUCACAUAAACUUGUUUUUUCCUGUGGUAUGUUGUACUAAAAAUUCAAAGGACUGAUUUUUUUUUUCACCAUGUUUUUAAAUUAUCUCUUUUUAUUUCAUUUAUUUUACUUUUACUUUGGUACCAGUUUUGCUGUAAAAGAAUGCUGCUUAAUUUAAACAAAUCUUUGGGUUAAUUAUUUUGUUAGUGGUAAAAAACUUAGAAGGUUACAAAUUGUAGCGAAGGAGAGACCAUAGAUAAACACUACCUGUGAGACUUUUCAUAGCAGCUUUUUUUCUUUCAUGCUCGAAAUUCACCUUUUUAGGUCUGCAAAGAAGAAAACAGUUCAGGCUCAUUCAGCUGCUAGAAUGUUUUGUGUAGUUAAAAAAAAAAAGCUUUAUGAUGGUCACUGUUGUAAUCUUCACUUAUAACAAGAUUUAAGAUCGUCUUGUAUGUAUUAUAGUAAAUAGAUGAUUUUGAGAAUUAAGGCUUUUAAGAGUUUGAUUUGCUCCAUUUUCCCAAAAUAAAAAUUGCCUUUGCCACUUAUGUCCUAGGUAUUGUACUUCUAAUUAUGACUUGGAGUAUCAUUCUAGAUUCCUACGAUACCAUAAACCGGGCUGCUGUUUGAAGUACAUGUAUAUUAUAAAUUAUCUUGAUAUUGUGUUAUAUUCUUGCAAGUAAUUAUCUUUUCUAAGAAAACAUAAACAAAAAAAGAAAAGUCAACCCUAUUCCUAUUGCAAAGCACACAGGAGUUAAUAGUACAAUAAAGUCUGUCAUGUAAAUUGUAGUAUUCUUAACUUGUUCUACUUUACCUGUUGUCUAUAUAGCUUUUAUUUAUAGUUUUCAGUCUAAUCUUGGCAUGUUUAGCAAAGAAAACGAAACUUCAAGAGUUUUAUAAACUAUUUCUAGGUUGCUAAAGAAUUUAUUUUUCUACUGUAUAUGGUAUAGGCAGAGCAUCACCUGUACAGGAAACAAGUCUAUUUCUAAUAGAAGUAAGCUUAAAAAUAAAAGCCAGUCAUAUCCAUAUUUGAAAGUUCUACCUAUAAAGUAUCUCCAGUCUUUGUAAUGUGAAUUACAUUUUAAACUUUCUACAAAUUCAAGCUGUUUGCCAUACUAUUUAACUAAUCUUUGAAUACUAAUUUUUAGAAUCAUUUACAUUCCAUUUCAUGACAAGCUUUCAUGUUGAACUUGUGAUCUUCAGUAUUUGCAGUAUCAUUUCUUUCUUGUGUGUGAUGUUAUGGCUAAAUUACAUCAUGAUUUUUAAAGGUCUUAACACUUAGAUUUGGCCAGAUAUGAAAGUGUUAUUGCAUUUACUGGAUAAAACAUAAAAAGAGAAAUAAGAAAGCAUGGCAUGUGGCGCUUGAUGGUCGCAUGGAGGAAUCCCUGCAUACUGUUUGCAUUACAGAAGUGUUACAUGCAGGAAUGUGUAUAUGUGUAAUGUGUACACUUUAUUUUUUAUGUGCUUGUGUGUUGAUGUACACAGGCCUAUGUGCGCAGACUUGCGUGCACAUACCCCCAUGUAGUAAAGUUUUUAAAAGAAACUCGGAAAUUAUACCAUCGUUAUUAAAGAUUUAUAAUAGAGCUUUCUCUAUUUUUUUUUAUUAGUGCUAUAAAAUGAGGAAGCAUGUCAUUAUAUACAAAUUCCUCAUACCUUGGCUCAUGUAGUCCCUUCUAGUUUUAAUGAAAAUCCAAACAAUAAUAACUAUAUUUUUUAAUGUGAGCAUUUUUACAGUAAUAUUUAUCUUGAUAUAGAUACAAAUGUAUAUUAUUUUUGGUUGAGCAUCUCAGUGACACUUUAUGGAGUAGGGUUUUUUAUGUAAUAUUGGUAUAGACAUACUGCAGUGCGUUGUCUUUUAUUGUUUUUAGUAAUUUUUAAAUCCCAGACAUGACUUACAAAAGUGCCAUUUUAAGUAAUGCUUAACAGGUUAUUUCAAAAUUCCUUACACUCCAUGAUCUGUUUGGAAUUUACCAUACUUAGUGUAAAUAGAUGGCAGAUGUCAACUUAAGUGAAAAGAAACGUUGUUGUUCUAUGUUUUCUCCAUUAUUUGAAUCCUGGUUGCUAGGAAAUCAUAGAAAUGUUUAAUUGCUGGAGUUUAGCUUCUGAUAUUUAUGAUAAAUACAGGAAAACUAUCAAUUUGAGAUUAAAAAUAAUUGCCUUAGCUUACACACUUAUUUCAGGUUUUUCCAGUAAUUGUGAUGCUGUUUGUCAACUGAAAAAAUUACACUUAUAUAAAAAAUUAAAGUAAAAAUUUUGUUCUUUGUUUAUAAUGUAAUCUUUUUUUGCUACAUCAGCAGAAUGCUGCAGUGAAUUAAACACCAGUGAAGCUUAUUCUGUAUAAAAGAUGCAACAAAUAAAAUACUAAGAAGCUUACUGUGUAUAAUGUUCAGUUUAGUUGCCUACUAAAUUUUUAAAGGCAAAAGCACCCUACUUUUCACAUACCCAGGGAUGAAAGUUAGCAGUAAAUCUUGCUAAACUGCAUUCAUCAAGUGUUUAAGGCAUUCUUGGGGGGAGGGUGUCUCUUACAGAUCUCAUGAAAUUACUUUUUCCUGUGGAAUUUUGAAACCUGAAGAAAAAACUGUGGGUUUUGAGGUCAGCUUUAUAUUUUGGAGUUGUAUGUUAUUGGUCAUAACUGCUAUGUGGGAUGAAGUCAACUUGAUAACAGUACUGCUUUUAGUUUGUGUGCAUGCAGCAAGUAUGCAUAGGUCAUUUCUUCAGAGCAUCUGGAAUCAUGGCUGAUACACAGCCAACUGCAAAAACUUCCUGACAGCAUUCAAAUCUGAAACUGUUCAACUUUUAUUUUCUGUCUUAACAUAUUGAGAUACUGGAGCAUUUUAAUCUUUAGUAGGAUGUGUUUUACCUGUAAUUACCUGUCAGUGUGCAAAUCUCAGGUUUUUAGAUUGUUGUAGCAAAACCCAUCUUGACCGAAUCUGAAACAUAAUGCUAUUUUCGGGCUCAGCAGCAGGCCAGGAAAUUCUGAUGAGCAGCAGUGCUGGAGAACCAAGUGUAACUUUACUGUUCACUUGUGUCAGAUUUGGUUCUUCAACUAAUUCAUAGUUUCAAUGGAAUCAGAAGGGAUAAAUUUAAUCUGUCAUCAUGGCUAGUGAAAGCGAACACUUCCUUUUCUUAUUGACACUUUCUUUCCCAAGUGUGUAGAUGGUGCAUCUUACGGCUGUUGCCCAUAUGUUUCUCAUCUUCCUUAGAAAAUACAACACGUGUGUUUAGACCUGGUAUUUUUGUUGCUGAAUUGAGUGUUGUUGAUGGCCAGCCAACAUUCUGGUGCUUUUAUAUGGCAGAAUAGGGUUUAAUAUACCUGAUUACAUUAAUAAUAAUUUGUCCGUUACUAUUUUUUAUUUGGUGUGAUUUAGACAAUAUGGAGAAUUAAAUAUUUUCACUCAAUGCCUACAGUGCAGUAACUGUGUUUUUUAGAGUGUAAUUAUAACGAAAGGCAGUUGUUGCUUCUACUUGCAAGCUGUUGAGUUAAGAAAAGACGGGAAGGGAAUUUUGUGAUGUUGCUUCUAGCCAUGGCGGCAUGUCAGUGCUUCUGGGGUGGAUACACUGACUUGAAGAGUAUCUCUGACUGCUUAUGUGACUGACUGAUUUAUGUAGUGUAGCUGUAGCUUGUGUUUUCCCCAGAACUGCAGUACCACAACCUGUCUGUUCCUACAGAUUUUUCUCCUUUGCUGCUGGAGAAGUGAAGGCAAAGCAGCCGUUCUCAUCCCUUCCUGCAGUUCUCUCAGUUUUGCCACUGAUGAGAAUUGUCAGAGGCUCCUAAGUUGCUCUUGCAGGGUGUUACUGAAUUAAAAGUAAGAACUGUGCUAAGUGGUAAGAUAAGAGCUGAAGUUCUCUGGUUAACUGGCACUGAGUGCAGUGAAUUGGUGAAGCAUCUGCAAAUAAGCAAGUUGCGCUAUUGAAUUACAGGCAUUGUGUUCUCCCCAAAGGUUCCACCAUUCAUCUUGGCUGUGCAACCUGAGUUUCCACAGUGACUGCCUUUGCUUGAUCAUAUUGACCCUGUACAGGUUGGGAGUGAAGAAGAGAACAAGAAACCUACCUCAAAAAAAAAAAUCAUGUACUUUGAACAGCUGCCUCUUACAACAUUUAGAUGAUAUUACUAUAUAUAGAAUGUAGCAAAAAAACAAUAUGGAGAAUGAAAUGUCCGUGGUUCAUUGUUGAAAUAUGUAUGUAUAUGCACAUAUGCUUUUUUUAGCUUGGUAAAGAAGCAGUUGUUGAUACUGUGGUUCUAACAGAGUAAUGGGUGGCCAGCCUGCUACAGGCAGAUACUGCUUACAAUUCAGAUGUUAAGGUUUGAAAACUGAAUGUAAACAGAUGUGUGUAAUUUUGAUAUCUGUGACUUGUCUAGCUCUAAAGUCGCUUUAAUUUUGUUACCCUGUGUGGUUACACAAAUCAACCUGGUUUUAUGUCCUUUAUUUAACUGUAUUAGAGUUGAAAAGUUUCAUUAUCUCUUUACAGACUACUGCUUUCUUUAUUCUUUUUUCUCUUAGUAUUUAUUUUUGACUUAAAGUCAAAACUUACAACUUAUAACAUGGUUAUGAUACUUGUCUCCUGUAAAAUAUGCUGGGUCCCACAUAAAGUUUAUAAAAGCCUGU